AUGCACUUCCGUUUCCAGGUCUUGCUUCCGGAAGUCGCUUUCUUAGGCGGCCUUCCUACUCGUGUGGUCUUUGUGCUUUCCACCAUGGCGUAUCGCGGCCAGGGACAGAAGGUGCAGAAGGUGAUGGUGCAGCCCAUCAACCUUAUCUUCAGAUACUUGCAAAAUAGAUCGCGAAUUCAGGUGUGGCUGUAUGAACAAGUGAACAUGCGGAUAGAGGGCUGUAUAAUCGGCUUUGAUGAGUACAUGAACCUCGUAUUAGAUGAUGCAGAAGAGAUUCAUUCUAAAACAAAGUCAAGAAAACAACUGGGUCGGAUCAUGCUCAAAGGAGAUAAUAUCACCCUGCUCCAGAGUGUUUCCAACUAACAGUGGUCAAGCGUGGGAGAAGCUGGCAAGGCAGUUCAGAGUGUUUAAAGGGGGCAGACAUUUACUCGACUUGUUUUACUUGCACAUUAUCAUUAGGUGACAAUAAAUGCUGUGAGAUUGUUUUUGUUACAA